GGACGGAGGGAGGGGACGCGGGCGGCGGGGCGGGGACUGCUGCUGCUGUGCGCUGUUUGUCCCCGCUCCGCCGCGCGACGAGGAGGGUUCCGUCCGGCCGCCUGCUGCUGCUCCCUCCUCCGUGCGAGGGGACCGGGGCGAUCGGGGCGGGGGCGGGGGAGGUGAUGAGCUUGGGCCGGGGGCUGCGGCGGCGGCCCGGCUGCUGCUGCUGCGGCUGCGGCGGGAGGCGACGGCGGGCCGUUGGAGGGUCUGUCCGGCGGGCCCGGAGCCGGGGGGAUGCAGCGCAGGACGUGUCUGGGCCUGGGUGUAGCUGAUCGGAGAAGAGAGGCAGACACCGCCCGGAGAGGCCGAGGAGCAGCGGAGAAGAGCCACCCUGACAUGCCUUUUGCUCUCCCUCCUCUCCAGCGGCCAUGUUAACCAGAAAACCCUCAGCUAGCGCCGCCGCUGGUGCUGCCUACCCAGCUGGCAGGGCAGGGGACAGCGGCCGCCCGCUGCAGUCUUCCCCAGGCACUGGAGCCGGGGUCUCCCGGGCAGGAGCUGGGACCGGCCCGCCAUCGCCCCUCGCAUUGCCGCCGCUCAGGGCCAGCAACGCCUCCCACACGGUUGGAGGCAGUAAGCACACAAUGAAUGAGCACCUCCAUGUUGGUAGCCAUGGACAAAUCCAGGUUCAGCAGCUCUUUGAAGAUAAUAGUAACAAGAGGACGGUUCUGACAACACAACCAAACGGACUUACAACGCUAGGCAAAUCUGGAUUGCCAGUGGUUCAGGACAGACAGUCAGAGAGUACUCACAGACGACAAGGAAGCUCCAGCUCUUUAAAAUCUACAGAUGGAACAGGCAAGGUGAAAGCCUCUGUUAUCACACCAGAGCAGGCCAUGAAGCAAUACAUGCAAAAAUUAACAGCUUUUGAGCAUCAUGAGAUUUUUAGCUACCCUGAAAUAUACUUCUUGGGUCCAAAUGCAAAGAAACGGCAAGGUGUGAUUGGUGGUUCAAACAAUUGUGGGUAUGAUGAUGACCAAGGGUCUUACAUACAAGUACCCCAUGAUCAUAUUGCAUACAGGUAUGAAGUCCUGAAAGUUAUAGGGAAAGGAAGCUUUGGGCAGGUGGUGAAGGCCUACGAUCACAAGAUGCAUCAGCAUGUGGCACUAAAAAUGGUGAGAAAUGAAAAACGUUUCCACCGCCAAGCUGCAGAAGAAAUUAAGAUCCUGGAACAUCUCCGGAAACAAGAUAAGGAUAACAACAUGAAUGUUAUUCACAUGUUGGAAAACUUCACAUUCCGCAGCCAUAUCUGCAUGACAUUUGAGUUGCUGAGCAUGAACCUUUAUGAAUUAAUAAAGAAAAACAAGUUUCAGGGCUUUAGCCUGCCUUUGGUUCGCAAGUUUGCCCACUCAAUUUUACAGUGCUUGGAUGCUUUGCACAAAAACAGAAUCAUUCACUGUGACCUUAAACCUGAGAACAUUCUGUUGAAGCAACAAGGUAGAAGUGGUAUUAAAGUGAUUGAUUUUGGCUCAAGUUGUUACGACCAUCAGCGUGUCUACACUUACAUUCAGUCACGGUUUUAUCGUGCACCUGAAGUCAUCCUUGGUGCUCGUUAUGGGAUGCCCAUAGAUAUGUGGAGCUUGGGUUGUAUCCUAGCAGAGCUUCUGACUGGUUAUCCACUUUUACCUGGAGAAGAUGAAGGAGACCAGCUGGCUUGUAUGAUUGAACUAUUGGGCAUGCCUUCUCCAAAACUCUUAGAUGCAUCCAAGCGAGCCAAAAACUUUGUGAGCUCUAAGGGUUAUCCCCGCUAUUGCAGCAUCACAACCUUGUCUGAUGGCUCUGUAAUACUUAAUGGUGGACGCUCUCGGAGGGGAAAACUGCGUGGCCCACCAGAGAGCAGAGAAUGGGGUAACGCAUUAAAGGGAUGUGAUGAUCCCCUCUUCCUUGACUUCUUAAAACAGUGUUUAGAAUGGGAUCCUGCUAUCCGUAUGACACCCAGCCAGGCUUUGCGACAUCCCUGGCUAAGGAGACGGUUGCCAAAACCUCCAGCUGGGGAAAAGGCCUCAGCAAAGAGAAUUACAGAGAGCACUGGUGCUAUAACAUCAAUUUCCAAGUUACCUCCGACUUCAAGCUCAGCUUCAAAACUGAGGACUAAUUUGGCACAGAUGACAGAUGCCAAUGGGAAUAUUCAGCAAAGAACAGUGUUGCCAAAACUCGUUAGCUGAGUUUGAAAACCCAAUGCUGUUAAUAUGAGAAAUACAAUGUGGCUGAGCCUUAUUUGUAUGAAAAAUGAGCUCAGAUAUACAUUUUUAUUUGCUCAAUAAAUCUAUUCAUUUGUAUCUUUCAGCACUCAUUUUAAAUGUAAGAAAUGUUGAUUUGUUUUUAUAAAAACACGGGGACAAUGCUUUAAGUUUUUAUACUUAUUUUUUAAAAUGUUUGUCUUCUACAGUACAAUUAGCCUUACUGUAACUAGUGUGACACAGUAAUAAACAUCAGUGGCAGGCCACUGGUUACAACAUGACUGUCAUGCAUUGCAGCGUGGUAUCAAAGGUAUUAACCUUUCUCUUCCAUGACUCAUACUAGUUUUCACCUGGGGUAAAUUUGGAAGACUACUUUUUGGAUUUUAUGGGUUUGGUCUUGAUUCUGUGAACGCUUACACCUAUGACUGACUGGACUCCAGGGAGAACACUCAAAGAAUACAGUUAAGCACUUGUAAACUUGUCAUUUGAAGUGGAGCAUAUUACAUUGGCAUUUUCUGUGUCGUAGCCCAGAGAAAGCAGUGGGAUCACUAAUGAUACGAUCACCUCCUAUGGAAUGCUUUCUCUAUUCAAAAGUAAUGAGCUUUGAUUAAAAUGAACAUUUAAAUAUAUUGCAAAAAAUAAGAAUGCCAGGGCUAAAAUGACUGUCUUAUUUUGCAUGCCAUGUGGUACAGUGAGAGGAAUGGGCAGUCUUGGAAAGCAUGAAGAUGGCAGUGUGUCUGUUCCUCUGAAUUUGAAAGUGACAGAUGAGUUGGUAAAGCAAAAUGUUCUGGACUUCAUUUCAGGUCUAUAACGUUGAGCAUUCACACUGAGGUUCUCUUUUUUUUUUUUCUUUCUUCUCUCCUGGUCUGUUUUUUUCUAAUGUGCAGCUUGGUCUCCCAGAAUCACAUAGACAGAAGUACUCGUUCUGUCAGUUUUAUACUGUAACUUCCAGACUGUUAUACUACAUGUAUUUCAAGAUUGCUUUUACUUCUUCUGACGGUGUUUGUGUGACUGUGAAUUCUCUGGUACAUUUACACUUCAGAUCAAAUCUACAUGUAGGGGCAAACACGAUGUUACAACAUUGCUUCCUGUAGAGGAGUACUUCACCUUAGACAGCUUAACUGUAGCGGGAAACAUCCUCAGUGGAUAGCUUUUCAGUUGAAAGACACCAUCCUAGAUAAUUUCUAAUAAGGGAGAAUUAUCAAAGGAAAGUUAAAUGCUUGGAAUUUGAUUUAAUCUUUGGCAUCUGUAGCUGAAAAUUAACUUUGAAAGAACAGUUAGAGAUAUGUGUAGAUUUGUUCGUGUGUGUGUGUACUAAUGCUUGGUUUUUCUUUCCUUUAACUGCAUUCAUGGAAGAAAGAUGGGCUUUACUGAGGAAUAGUAUCUAGACCUAGGAAAGAAGUAUUCACACGUUGUAGCAUGUUUUCAACAGGAACAGUUUGAAAUCUGAGAUCAGUAUUUUAAUACGUACAAUGGCUGUGGACUACAUUGGAUGUAUAAAACAUAUGAAAAGGGAAUUUUAAAUGAAGUAGAACAUAAUCUAGAAGGGUUUAUGGAUGUUAAAACAGGACAUACUAGAAUGGAUUGCAUUAAAUGUCAGUAACUUUACUUAUAAACAACAUCUAUAUGCACAUAUUUUACUGAGUUACUUGUACAAAUUAUGAAAAAUACUUAAAGCAUGGUCCCCUGAGAGGCCAAGAAAGUUUCCGGUUAAGUUCUCCUUCAUGUUCAUUAAUUUACCACUUACAGCUUAAUUUUCGUUUGUUUGUUGAUUUGUUUUAUUUGUAAUUUAAUGUAAGACUGGGGGAGGGAUAUAAGGACAAAAUGACAGAAUUCUCAGGAAACAUAUCGCUGACCUUCUUGCCAAAAAGUCAACACCUAAAGAAGCUCCAAAAAUAAUUUCUGAGUAGAGGAUGGUAUUUGUUGAUUGAUAACUGUAAAAAUUAGACCGUCAAUCAACCAUUUUUCUUACUUUUUUAAAUAGAAAGAUAAUUUCCUGCCUCUAGUCAAAUUAAAUUAUUUAGUGUUAAAUGUUCACAACUUUAUACAAUGUGUGUAAGUGCAAUAUGUAAACAUGUAUGAAAUCAUGUUAAAAAUGAAAUAUAAUAAUAGAGCUAAGAGAAGUGGAUUUUAGCAUAUGAAUACCCAGUAAAUUAUGGUCAGUAAAUUCUGAGUCUGGAAAAGAGAUAUAUUAAUUCUCAUGUAAAAUUACCUGACUCUCCUGACUGUGGGAAGACGAUAUUGUGUAUUUUUCUACAGUAACAGGGAAUCUUUACUUUCUCCACCACCUACUUGGCUUUACCACUCCUUUCUACCUUAACUCUUCCUGCAAAAGUUAGGAAAUAGGGAUGCUGAUGUUGAGUGAAAGAAGAAUCGCCUUCCUUAAUAUAUUUUAAAGGAGAUAUUGAUACAUGUUUCUGCCUUUCAUGUCAACUUAAGGUAAAAAUAUAAUAUUCAUGGAUCAUAAUGGGCUACAACCACUAAAUUUUUGUGUAACCUGUUCUUAAUGCCAAUAAUGCAUUUAUGAUCCACCUUGGUCAUAAAUGCUACCGGAAACUUAAAGGCCAAAAUAUAGUAUGCAGAGCUAUUUUUUAACCCAGAUGCAGUGGAACUUCCUCUACACUAAAGAAGCAGCUACAUCAUGGUUUUUAUGUGAUGCAGCUGCUUUUUACUGUAGCUUAUUUAUGCCCCUAAAAACAGAGGGGGGAGGACAUUGCCUCUUGCUUUGAUGUGAUUUUAUUCUAAGGGCUCUGAUAAUUAGGCUGAUAGAAGUUGGCUUGGAAACAGUGCUUAGUCUCACAUGUUACCAUUGUCUGGGGAUGUCAGAGCUAUUUUCAGAUUUAGUAAUAGCACAGUAUUCUCUUUGGUUGCAGUCUCACUUGGCUCAGUUUCUUGCACCACUGGUUCAUUACCACUUAAGUGUGUUGGAACAAGAGAGUGAUGCAAGAUAUGUAGAUUAAGGAUAGAGGAUGGAUUGUGCCCUUGGUGUUAACAAUGUGCCUUUUGUUACAAAUGCCGUGUUGUAGGGCAUGCGUCUUGGCCUCUUUAACCCUUGGAAUACUGGUUAGUAGGGAUGAAAACUAUUUUUAAGUGCUAUACCUGUCUUAAAACAUCCUGUAGAUGAUCCAGGCCUUAAUAGAAACAAUAAGGCAAUCACACUGCUAGGGUGGAGAGGAAACUGUUCUUGUAAUAUGUCUCAUUAAGGGGUUAAAGAUGGCCCUUCCUUAUUGGUUGUACUUUAACAUCAAAUUAAUUUUUUUGAAAUAAGUUUUUGUUAUAGUGACACUAGACAGAAGUCAACUGUAUUUGUAAAAAUUUACCUCAAACUCUUUAGUUUUAUAGUGUGAUUUAAUCCCAGGGCAUUUGGUAUGAACCAAAGUGCAUUCCUUUUAUAUGUGCCUGGCUCUUAUAAAGGUGGCCAGGGAUUUUUACAAUUUGGGUGCAAGGCACUUAAGCCACUUUUAACUUGGUGGGUGGUUUGGAGUUAUAAAUGACUUCAUGGGAACGUUGAAAACACUUAAGACAUAAGUAGCAUCGGGCAAUAUUAGAAUCUUUAGGAAAGGGUGUGCAUUAUUUAAUGCUCUCCAUUUGUUAGUAUUUUUUUCUCAUCAGUAAUAUUUGGGAUAAGUACAAAAAGAACUCUUUUUCCAGUCAGCAAAGAUUAGAAUAUUGCCCAGUAUAAUGCUAUGGUAGCAUUUAAAUAAAAUAACAUUUGUGAAUUAUUGUUUCUAGGGGCUUGUACAUCUCUGCUACAAAUUGUAAUUACUCAGUUCAACUGCUACAACUACGUCUAAGCUUGGGUUUUUAUUGGGCAACGACUUAGACACGUGACUGUAAUAUGCUGCAACUGUGUGUGCUGAAAACAUGUGAAAAAUGAUUGAAUGUGGACUGUGUAUAUAUUUAUGUAUAAUUUUCUGUGAGAUGCUGCUGUUGCCACUUAACAUUCAAGAUGUUGUAGUGGGUUUUAAUCCUAGUGGCCAGUUUUAUGAUACUGUAUGUAUUGUACAGCUGAUGACAGGAGUUAAGACUGUUCUAGUGAAUAUUUGUUACAUUUUACUGUUGUGGCCAGAGAUCAUUUCAGAAUAAAAUUUUAUGUCCUACUUUA